CAGCCACCGGCCGGACGCCUUGCGGAAUUGCAGAAUGCCUCUCGUAACAUGUUUUAAGACGAGUGUAAAGAGUUACGGAAAAGAAAUUAAACUUAAGACCUCGCAUUUCAUUCUACAUACCAGCUAAAAAGUGUCAAGAGGAUGAAUUUGGUAAUCAAAUGUGAAAAACAAGAUGGAUGUGAAAUACUGCCACAUAGACGAUGAGGAUGGAGAAAAAUUGGUGAGAUCGUGUAGGAUGUGUAUAUUUAAAGAUUCUUUUUUCAUAAUGGAUUGAAUACUUAACAUGCUCAUAUAUCACGUUGUUGAUGCACAUGAAGAGUUUGGAUAGCACGAGGGCAGUGCAACAAGAAUGACCCUAACUUCUUGAAUUGCUCUCCAAACUUUCCAAGUACAUCCAAUAAUCGAUUUACACACACCUUGAUCCAAAUCUUCUAUAAAAUAGUAGCAACAACUUGUGCGCGAAACAAGAGCUCAUUUGUGCGCACAUAUUGAUCCUCAUGAUGCAUGUGGAGGGAAAACAAAUGAUCUUAUUGGCUGUCUAAAACAUGAAGCAUGACAUGACUGGAACUUGGCAGCUAAACUGCUCUAGUCACAGACCCACAACUGGGUGGCUCAAAUUUGAUAGCUAGUCACAUUAAGCUACCUGUAUUUGCCAGUGCCCAAGCCAUUUUGUAAACUGCCUUGUAAAAGGUAUAUCAAUAAUUAUUCAUUCUCUUCAGAAUGAACCAGGUUGUCUUCUGAAUCCUAAACUCAGUGAACUAAAUAGACUUCUGUAUAGCACUUUUAAGGACAAGAAAAAAUAUCAAAUCAUAUCCAAAUAUGAUUGGGAGUGAGGCUGUAGGUGACCUUCUUGUGAUAAAGACCAGUAUCUAGUUAGCCUGAUAACAAAGUAAUUUUCAUUUGAAAAGCAGCAACAUUUGUAUCAUAACAAGGUCAACCUCAGCCUCACUUUUGUUCUAAGGCUUGGCAACUAAGCACACGACUGUGAAAUGGACUAUUCCCAUAUUUGAAGGGAAUUUGUUGUACUCCCAACACCCCUGCAUAGCAAUUCAACAGCACCUUGCUAUUAGUGAUUACCACAUGAAGGUGACAUUAAAAUUGCAAGAGUGAACUUGCAUAAUGUUGAGUAGUGCAAUAUUGUAAGUUUAUGAAAAAUACACACUGCUUCAGCAGCACAAAGAACAUUAGUGUUCACAGGUAUUGGGGGUUUUUUUUUAACCAAUUCCCUCUGAAGCUGCUUCAAGCAUAUUUUUUUGUAAAGAUUUCCCCACUUGUGUUUUAGAGAAGUUCCGCUCGUGCUGGUUCAAUAAUCUUGACCUCUAUGCUUUAUCCUUCACAGUCAACAUUAGACCUUCUGUUCUACAUUCUUCAAAUUUAUUUCCGCAGAGACAAAAUAUGGGCUGAUUUAAACAUAAAAAACCUUCGUAACAUGCAGCUUUCUGAGAAUUAUUAACUGAACCUUUCAGAUAAUAUGUAUGAAUAUUUUGUACUGUAUGUAGAUGUCUUGGAAACUUGUUUUUUCAAAAUUUUUUUUUUGUCAAGGUAGGAAGUGAACAAAUGGCCUCAAUUUAAUGGAAGGAGCACUAGAUUUACAAACAGAAUGCAAUGAGAAGUUAUGGAUAAUAAGAGUUUGGUUGACAAUUUCCUUUGUUUCAUUUAUGAUUUAUUUUUACAGGACUGUUUUGGAUAUUGCUCUAACAUUUUCAAGGUAAGAAUAACAACUUAGUUUUGAAAUAUUUCGUGAUUUUGAAGUUGAGUUUGGUGACUCCAAAGCAAGUCAGCUGGUAAUGUAAAAGUAGAUAAUCUCUAAUAUAAUUGGUAACUGCAGGCUUCGUUUAACUGAAACCAUUGUACUUCAGCUUCACCAUAUGGCAGAUGAUUUGCUAAAUGGAAUUGACAAUAAAAAGGUCUCUGCAUGCUCUAGUUUUAAUUGAUAUAUCAAAGGCCUUUCACAGUAUUAAACGUGACAUUCUACUACAGAACUACAGCAAGUUAGUAUUGCCUCCCAAAGUCUUAAUUGGUUUUUUAGCUACUUUGUUGGUUGCAGUCAAAGAGUAUGUAUCCAAUAUACUAUCUCUGAGGCUCUUCCAUUAAUAUAGGGGGUCCUACAGUAAUCAACAUUAAUUAUUGGGCCCAAUCUUAGUUACUGUUUACAUAUUAGAUGAUCCCUGUCUGUCCCUUUACAUUGCAAAUCAGCCUGCUAUGUCAAUAACUCUGAACUGUACAAAAAGUCAUGUCCUUUCCCCCGUCAGAUACAUCCAUUGCUAAUGGAAAUCUUAAAAAGGACUUGGAAAACUUCACCAUUGGGUGCUGUCAGUAAUUAGUAAACCCUUCUGUUAAAAGAGUGUCUUUGUAAAUGAGAAAAGUAUGACAGUCUGAGUUUAAACCUUCAUAAAAAUCAAUUCCAUCUUGUUUUGAAAAAUUCCCCCAUACAAUUGUUACAUAUUAUAACUGAUUCCUCUUGCACUAAAGUAAAGGAGCUUUUUCCCAUCACACUAGAAAGAGGAAGAGUUUAUUAUAGCUUUUCCAUCAUUAUCCAUAUUCCAGUAACAGGUGACAAUUUUCCACUUUCCUCCUUCUGUUGGGUUUGCUUUUCUCUUGAAUCCUGCUGAAGGUUUAACAUCAAUAGAAACAAAUUUGAAAUCUGGUUUUCUUUGUAUACUUAAUGUUUUUGGUCUUGUUCCCUCAAUGACAACUUCUCUACCUUUUUUUAAGAGAAAGAAAAAUAUUUUGAAUGAGUCCAUUUCCAAUCAAACAGUUUCUUUUGUAUAUUGUUGAUCCUUCUGGAAGCCUCUUCACCUUUUCAGUUUAUCCCUCUUUGAAGUUCAUCUCUUGACUGUAUUGGAAAGUGAAGUGGCAUGCACCCAAAGUUCGAUUGAAUUGCUCAAUGAUUCCCUGAUCCCUGUGAAUGUUCACAUUCCCCCUUCUUAUCCUCUCAUCAUGCUUUGGCAUUUCUCUUCUGUCAUCACCCAUGAAUUCAUGCCCAAGAUCAACCUGAAGAACUUUUGGCCAUCUCAAUGGUCUAGGCUUAUAGAUUGUCUGAAAAGCCUUUGAGACCUCUGUCAGAAGAGUCUUGAGGAGAGAGGUUGAGCAGCCUUGAAUCUGCUUGCAACAUCAACAACUGUCGAUGCUCAUUGUUUGAGCAGUAUAGAUGGAGAAUUGCUAAUUUUCCUCAUUUUGAAAGUGACUCAAACAUCCUAGACAGAUGAACAAUGAACCAUUGUGCUUUGUGACUUGUUGUGAGAGUAACCUGCUGAUGUUUUUGAUCAAGCAGUAAUACUGAUUUCAUUCUCAAGUUCCUUCCGGUAGUUACAAAUCUUUUUGAACCUUAAAUCCUUGGCAUCUGCUGGGAGAGAAGGAUAAAGGCUCUUUGAGUCAGGGUGCCACUUGGACCACUUUGUGGUCCCUGGCUCAAAGUGCUUUGCUCACCAAGCAAUCCAAGCAGUCCAGUGGUGGUGUGCUUGGGUGGCCCCCAGCUUGAAGUGCUUGGCAAAAUAUUUUCAGAAAGCAAUUUUUUUGUCAAAUUAUUUCCAGCUCAAAUCUCAAAGGAAGCCCAUUGAAAUUGAUGAUCUCCAUAUUCUCAUCAGUCAUGAAAAUUUGCAUAGAUGUGAUGUGAUUCCUUGGUGAUAUUUUUUGGUGGGUUGGAAUUUUAGAAUGAUAGUGAACCCAUCAAAGGGUUGCCCAACAAUGUCGAAGCAUCCAAGAAUGCUUGAGGGCUCUCCAUUGAAUAUAUAUGUUUUCAUUCUUAUCCAAAAGAUUGCAGUGGACAGGGUUGCUGGUGAAUGAUUUAAAUCUUUUGGAUAAGUUGAUGGUUUGAAAAUGUCAUUUAAUUCCAAGAAGAUUAGCCAGAUCAUUGUCAAGAAGGGUAUGCUUAUUUUGAGGAUUCUAGAGUUCCAAAACUCCUUUCAGAGUAUUUAUUUCAACCCUCACUCCUUCACUCCUCAAUGUAUCUUGAAUAGCUUAGCAGAGGCUUUUGUGGGAAUAAUUACCUUCUGGAAUUUUCUUUACAGUUGGAUUGCCCUGAGAAUCUAAUACAGAGAUUUCUCCAGUUUGCUUCCAAUUCUACCAAUAAGAACAGCUCACAAGCCUGAUAUGUUUAUACUUUUCACUGCUGCUCUUGGGUGGUUCUUUGAAGUGAACCUUGUGAUCAUUUUACUCUGCAAUAAUUGUCAGAACAACCAUUUUGAUUAUAAAAGCAAUAAAAAUGUUUAACUGUUUGAGUUUUGAACCUUUGGGGCGUACCCCUUUAGGGCCUGCCUCUUCGAGGCUUGCCAAUCUAUAGCCAGCCCCUUUGGGGCUUGUGUGGUUAAGAUCAGAUGAAGCAAUUAAAAUUGCAGAUAAAGCAAGGACAAAAGCGUGGAAUAAUAAAAGAUGGGCAAGAGCUGAAGUUUACUUAAAUCGAUCAGAUGGAGUUCAGAUGAGCAUCUCAAGAUCAGACAGAAGAUAUUGGGAUGAUAUCAUGAAGAAGGCAGCUGGAAUUGGAGGUUUCCCCCUGAAACUCACUCUGAGGCUUCUGCCAGGCCCUUAAAGGGCUAGCCACAUAGGAAAGAAGGAAGUGGGUGGAGGCUUGCCGCAGUUCCAUUUUAUGAGAAUCCUGUCCGCUGCUUGAAUGAAGAGAUAAAGAUCUUUGUUACCCCAAAUCAAUACUUCAAUGUAAAAUUCAGAGGAAUAUUCACAAAGCACACCUCAGGUACAGAAUCAAAGAGAUGGCUCACUGGGCCAAAUAUAAGCCACUGGCCUCAACAGCUCAACUUCACAGUAUGGUGCACAACUACAGGUUGUGGAAUAUCUCAUGAAGUUCUCAAUAAGGUCCAGAACAGAUCAAGGCAUUUCUGAUGUUUCACAUCUACUUUGCAGUCAAAAAGAUUCUUUUUGAGAUGAGUGGAAUUCAGAGUUAAUCAGUUCUUCCAGAUGACCCAAUUUUCAGCCAGAUAAAUUAUAACCAUGACAUGCCAUUGUUCACAUGCAUAUGCACAGAAUUUGGAAUUGCUUCAAGCACUGACUUCCACUUCAAAGAAGGUGACAAUCAUGGUCUCUGAUCUGUUUUUCACUUGUCCAUCAUAUGUUGGUCUUACCCUGGAAGAAAAAAGUUCAGUGAUGAGGGUGGUCUACUCUUACAAGUACAGCAACCAAAAACAGUUUCUUCUUGCCUAAAUAAACUCCUGGAGAUAAAUAAAAUUAAAUAUCAGCUUUGUAACAAAACAAUACAUAUACUUCUCCUAAUUAAUUGUUUGUUUUCUGUAAACUACAAUUAGUAUAAAGAAACUUCUGUGGGUACCAAACUUUGCUGCAUGUAUGCUAUUCAGCCUCAAUAAAGUUUACAUUUACAAAAUAUAAACAAAGCAUGAAUUUCAAAAUUUUUGGUUGUUGAUCAUCUUGUUUAGUGGCAAUUAAUUUUAUGAGAAGACCAUUUCUUGAAUGUUAUCUUCUGAUUGGUAUCCAUAUGUAGUUGUCACUUUGUUUGUACCUUUCAUUUUGAUUUCCUCCAGAGCAUCAUUUAUUACUUGCUGGGGUGCUGCACAGGAGGAUUUAUUUUUCUUGUUGCCUAUUGGCGUCCAGACUGGGCUCUCAAGUUCAAAUGUUCUCCAUGUCCUUUAAAAAAGGCUACUCAGGUGCUCCUAAAGGCAAGUACUACAUUUUUUUGUCCAGUAGUUUUUAACCAUUUGCUGCUGUUACAUGUGCAUGAACAUGUAGCUAAAUUUUAAAGGGGGUGAAUCUUAAAAGACACUGAGGACCUGCAUCCAUGGGAGAGUUUUAGCAAGAUAAUUUGGAGUUAUCCACUGAGUUGAUAAUGUAGAUUGGCCAUUGUAAAAAGUUUCCAAGGUGGCAUUUUCAAGCGUAAACCAUUUUUGAGAGGAAAUGACAAAGGGGUAAUGUCAACUCAGAGACUCUUUAUGGUGGCCAAUUACAUUAUCAACUCAGUUUCUAAAACCAAGCUAUCUAGCUAAGUUAAAGUUAACUAUAUACCUGCACCUGUGCCUGCUGUGUUCCCUAAAAAAAAGAGGCUUCCUUUCUGACUGUACGCACCAUGAAUCCUAUCAACCCUUUCAUUUCCAUUAGAUUUUCUCUAUACAAUAUCAAGCAGACAAAUAACAAGAAUAGAGAAAAAUGUCAAUAAGGGAAUUAUUAGUUGAUCCAACACCAAAUUCUCCAAACAAGACUUGUAAGAAUUUGUUAUCAACCAAUUUCAUUGUCCUUGAUUCAUUUCAGGUUAUGACAAUAAAAGAAAAUAGGGAAGUAAAGGAAAUAAAGUACCGGUAUACAGAAACAUUAAUUAAACUUAUGAACUCCAACAAUAACAAAGUCAUGUAGCUCUAGAUUCUUUGUUAAAUGUUUGUAAUUAUUGUGACUCCUUACUGCUUUGCAGACCUCUUAUGGAGCUUGGUUUGUAGAAGAAAUCCAAACUAUCAUUGUGGACAAAGAAAGGUACAUGAACAUAUGCAGUUACAACCCAAAAUUUGACAAUCAUUAGUUGUGUUAAUGCAUUGAAGUAACUUGACCAGUCCUAGAAUUAGGAAUAGUAUAUAGGAAUAAUAUUUAUUGUAAGCUGUGGGACUGUGUAACUGUGGAAAUAUUGGUUUUGGGAUUAGUAAUUUCUUGGUAUACAUGUAAGACUGCAAGAGAAUCAUUUUUAUCCUUGCUGUUCAUACCACUGGUUAAGGUGUCCUCAAACCAGCAGAAAAAAAACUUUCCCUCUUUUUCUUGUGGGAAAUUACAAUGCAGUGUUUUCUUCUUUGAACCUGGCUCCAUUGUUUAUGAAAGAAAAUGAAGAAUAUUUUAGACUAAGAUUUAGUUCAUAACUUUUAUGCAUGUCUUUACUUAUAUCAUUCAGCUAAUUUUUCUAUAUAAAUCCUUCAUAUUUACUCACAUUUGUAACUCUUUCCUUUGCAAAAAUAAUUUUAAAAAUAAUUCAGUUUGGGUAGUAUGCAGUUUCAGCAAUAAGCAGCCAAUUUAUUGACAUUGGCAUGAAGCAUUAUUUACAGUUGUAUGUCGAUUAGGAAUGACCAUAGAACAGGCACAGUAACCAUUCAAGUCUAAUCAUUUUUUCUUGGUAAUGCUGAUUUGGCAGCAUUUUUACUUGUUAUUGGGGAGGUGUUUGAUCCUAGAUGUAAAGUAACAGUUCUAGUAUAUUGGGAUUCUAUUAUGCAAAAAAUUUAGCUCACUUGAUCAUGGUAGAUAAUAACUUUUAUGCAAUUAUUUUAAACAAUGAACUUUAUACACGUGUGUGCUGAUAUGGUUCUGUUUACAGAUAUGGGUUGCUUCUUUUUAUCAGUAGAACAUGUAGAACAGAUUUUGUGCUUAAUACGAUACUUUUGAGAUUGACAGAAUUAUAGAUAUUGAAAGAGUUCAAACUGUGCAACAUUAUUCUUGUUCAUACAGGACUGAUGUAGCAUCUUAGCUUCCCCUAAGUGGACAGAAAAGUUUCCCAUUAUAGGAACUUCCAAGUGUUCUGUUAGUUUUGCCAUUAAUAUGUUAAGUAAGAACCAUGAUCAUAGCACAUUUUUUCCCUCUCUGUUGGGGGUUUUUGUGGAUAAAUUUACAUUUUUGUCUCUUUAGAUCACAUUCAAAUUCCACUUGCACUGUAGAGUUUGAUGAAGCUGACAAUUGUAAUCAUUAUGAUGAAACUGAGGUCAGUAAUUGUACAUUUUAGGUACAUUCAUGGAAAAAAAUGUUUGUAUUGAUUGUUAUGAAUAUGAAUAGGCGCUUUUAAUGGUGUUAUCACCUUAAAGAAAACGUAGAGUUAAACUUCUGUUGACUAGUUUGCAACUUGUUUAAGGGCUUAUGCAAAAAAUGCCCUCCAUGCUAGCAGCAUUCUUUAUGUCUAUUUUCAAGCUUCAGUUACUAAAGAAAUCUUUUAGCCCACUGGCCAUGAAAGAGUGAGGUGAUGAUAGUUUUUUGAUAAUUUUGUGUGGCACUCAUUUUUUUACUUAUCAUCGGUCUACGCUAUUUUGUUGUUGUUUUCAGAGACUUCUUGGUGUGGCAGAUUCAGGAGGCUUGGUAAGUUUAUUAUAACUUCACAGAUAUAUACAUGCAUGUGUACAUAAAUGCAUAGUGCCAAAUACUGGAGGCAUCAUCAUCCACCUAAGUAUGAGUUUGGCAGGGAUGAAUUUUAGAAAAUGUUAUGCAACUUUCUUGGUGACCUUUUGGGUGAAUUUUUAAGUGACCCUUUUUACUACUUUUUCGGCAGCUUUUUUUUUUUUAACUCUUAUUACUUGCAAGCCACCUUUUUUACAACUUUUUCUGGGACUUUUCAGGGACUUUUUUAGCAACUUUAUUUAUCAAAUUUUUAGCAACCUUUUUGAACAACUAUUUAAGGUAGCUGGGAAAAUUUUUCUGAGACACCUACUGGCUUUAUUCAGAAUGCCCCAAAAUUCUCACCUGCACCUCUUUGUGUUCACACCAAUUUCACAUAUUUAUUGACUUAAGGAUCGAUUAAGGUUAGAAAUAGUGGAUAUGGCAUGGCAAUCACCUUUAUUAUACUAAUGUUAUGUGGAAAUACUUUAAAACAGCUUUGCUGGCAGUUAAUAGAUUUUCUCACAACUUCAUAUUCUCUUUCUUGAGGUAAAGCCUUGCUGCUGAGUGAAUUUUAAGAAAUUAAAUCAAGCCAUUUCAAACUUAUGAUGCAGUUGAGUUAAUUAACUCUUGUUGAAGUUAAAGGCCACAAUGUCUACACUGUCUGGCAUAAACCUUCAACCAAUUUGGCAGCAAAUGAAGUAGCUUGCACCAGUAAUAGAGUAAAUAGCCCUCUUGUCUGCCUUCAUCACAAUUUCAUUCAUGUCACUGAUGCACAGUGCAAAAGGGGGUUGAAGUGGCAAUUAACUCCAUAACUUGUUGUGGCAUCCUGAAUUUCCCUCUUAUCCAAAGCUUUUAACUCCUUCAGCUCCUUACUUCUUCCAACAAAAUUGAUGCAUUGUCUCAAACAACUAUAUGUAGCCUUUAGCCGUGGUGGAAGGCCACUGAGGAGAAAGCAUUUAAAAGGACUCAAUUUUCAGGCUGAAGGCUACAUAUAGCUCAAGGUACACAGCAUUAGUCCCUAGCAUGCAAAUAGGCACAGAUAUAUUGUGGAACUCUGAUUAUCUGGACUCGUUGGGAAUAGACGAAAUAGUCCAUAUAUUGGAGGGUCCGGAUAAUUGAGAAUAUGAAUUUUAAUGAGGAACAAAAACUGAUUAAUUAAGAAAUCGACAUUUAAUGGUGAGAAAAAAUGUUUACAAAUUGUUCUGAAAAAAAAAAGUAGUCUACAUAUUCACUGUCUAUUGUGAAUACUUCCAAAAUAGUUCAGUCUUUCUUCAAAGCUGCAUAAUCUGGAUAGCAUCAACAUUGUUCUGUUUUUCUGUCUAAAAUGAACACUUUUUAAAACAUUCAACAGCUUCAGAGUUUGAAAAAAUUUCCUCAUCUUGACCUUCAUCUUCCUCAUUGCUGCUACUUUCAUCUUCGAAAGAAAACUGUCCAACAAUGCUAUCUAAAAUCUGCUCAUUGGACAACUGUGGCAAAGUUGGUAGCUCAUUUUCAUUGAGUAACAAAUUAAAGCAACUCUAAGCCAACCAGAACUUAUUCCAAAUGUUCUUCAUUAGUUACAACGCAUGUGAGUGCUGCUUUUGCUUUUUGAAAGCAAAUCAAACUUGCCUUAACUUCACUUUUCAAUGCUGUAGUUUUAAAAUAGAAUAUGGCUUUGGAUCUUGAUCAUGACUAAUAAAUAUUCAAGACAAAAUUGGGGCCACAGAAAAAGUGUGAAUAAUUGAGAAAUCCAGAUAAUGGAGGUCCAACUAUAUAUUUCAGUUGCAUAUUUCCUCUCCCUUGUCUAGUGGUAAAUGGUCUACCAAAGUCAGCUGAUUUUUUACCAAAGUUCUCUAGGACUUUUGAGUGUACAGUUCAGGUAAAGGUGCCUUAAUCUGCUUUGCUGUGGUGGCUUUGUUCUUCAAGGCCGCAUGCAUUCCUUUUCCCACUUUUUUACUUUGAAAGUUCUGCCAGAACCUGAGUAGUCCCCACAUGUAGGUUCUUGUCAUGAGUAUCCUUUGGUCAUGAUCCAUUGACUGUGAGGGAAAAUGAUAGGAUGGCAGGUCUCCCAGGGUAGACACUUGGUUAAGCCAAGCCUUCCAUAGCAAGACAGAAUCUCAUCCAGAAGAACAUUUAUUUUAUUUUCAACCUUUGUCCUCCACUGGUCAGGUACACUGGGACAAUUCACAAACUCAGAAGACAGUGAGGAUUGAUGUCCAGUUUUGUUGGUGAGUGUUCACUGAAGAAACUCCACUAAUGUGUUGGAGUUGCUUGUUGAUGCACUUGGUGAAUUUAAACAGUUUUGUUUUGAAGUUCACUCCUGCUCUGAAGUUCUCAUGAAGCAACGGAUUGUGGUGAGACUGACACCCAGCUACUUUAUAGACCCACAGUUGGGUUGGUCACAUAUCUUGGACUUCACAUGCCUUUGGCUAGGACUAUAACUUUCUUCCUUGGCAAAGAAGAUCCUCUCUUUUUUUCAAUCAUUCUUUAACAACACCAAUUAUUGUCUCAGAAGCUGUGGUCAUAAAAUUUACCUCUUUGGUCAAUGAACUCCCUCAACAUUUUAACAUUCUCAUGCUGGAGAGAUGUAGAGUACUCUAUUUCCAAGUUCUGCUUCCUGAUUUACUUUGGUGAGGCUUACAACUAUAGCAUCCAGAAGCUCAGCAAAUCUCUUUGAACCUUUUUUGUUUCCUUCUCUCAGCUGUUUUAAGGUAUCUGUUUCUUCAAGAUGAGUGCUCUAUGUUUGUCUCCUUGUUUCCCCUUAACAUGAGGACUCUAAAGCCAUGCUUUACAAGACUGUCCAACCAGUUAGUAUUGUCUGACCAAAAAAGAAUUAAUAUUAAUAACUAGUUCCAAUGGUGUUACGAAGUAAAAUGGUGUAAAUCCUUAGAAUGAUCUAAAUAGAUGAAAUGGUCCAAGUGGUGAAAAAAGAUUGAACUAACUGAAAUGGUUCCACUAGUUAUAAAACUGGUCUAGCUAGAUUAAAUUUUCUAUCUGAUCAACAUUGACGAACCAGUUAAAAAGGUUUAACUACAAUAAGUAGUAAAAGUCUUGACACACUCUAUUCCUUUUUUAAUCUCUCUCAUGUCUGGGCAAAACUUAAUGGUUGCUGAUCAAGUGCAAGCACAAAGAUUGCCUAAACCAUGACCCUUUAUCCAUUUCUGUGUUUCUAGUUACUAAGGGGGCAAAGGUUUAAUUGGUCUAACAGGCAAUAAUGGUUCAACUGGGAAAGGUUCAGACCUUAUGGCUCUUUGUGGUUGCCGGUGAGGUCAGGAGAAACCAGUUGAAGUUAACCUACAUAUCAUUUUCAUUAUCAAAUGAAACAUACCAGACACUUUUUUUAGCAACUGAAGUUGCCCAUCUUUUGAAGGACCUCCCUAGUGACUGUUAGAGUAAGACAUUUUGAUAAAAAAAACCAGGAACUGCCCCAUUGUGUCAAUCCUGCACUGCAAUUGAAAUUGUCCCUUAAAAAAGCAGCCAAGGGGACAAUAAUAUUUGUCCCCUUCAAAAUUUAGGGAAAAAACUCAAAAGGAAGCACACACGAAGAGUUUUAGUUCAAUACAGAAACUGAAAAUUAUAUUUUAUCGCACAUCUAAAGUUCAUUCUAAAGUCACGUUACAGUCAUGCUCUACUGUAUAUGUACAUCUCAUGCUCAACCAAGGGUGGUGAACGCACCUGGCAAUCUUUACUGCACUUUUCACAAAUGUGCAAACUCUAUUGUGCAAAAGCCGCCUUCACAAUUGCGUUUUUCACUGCCAUCAAUCAUAAUUACGAUCAGAAGCAACGAACCUUGAAACACAGAAACACACAAAACGGAUUGAAAUCCACCAAUCACAAAUCACAAACCAUGACCUUUUGAGCCCAUUAAAGUUGUUUCCUAAAAGGGCUGUUAAAAUGAUUGAUGGCAGCGAAAACACAAUCAUCCAAAAUGUAGAAUUGAAUGGAACUUUGUUAAAGAGCUGGUUGUUAGAGAGCAUUACCCUGUGGGCCACAUUGCUGAACUAUGGAAAAUGCUCACUACCCAUCAUAGCAAUGAGGUCCAAAAUUUAAUUAAGCUUUGUCAAGUCGCACUUGUAUUGCCUACUAAUACAGCUGGCUGUGAAAGAGUUUUUAGCACACAGAAUCAAAUUAAGAAUGCUUUGAAAAACAGAUUGAAAGCUGAGAGGCUGGAUGUGCUCAUGACCAUUGACAUUGGCCACCUUUCAGGGACUUUGACUUUUCUACAGCCCUUGAUAUUUGGGCUAGAACCAACAGAAGAAUUAGUACAUGUACAUCCACCAGUAAUUAAGAAAAGAAUUGAAGUUUACAAGGGGAUACUGGGAUGAGGUUCUGCUGUGAAAUGUUUUGAAGUAUAAAGCAUAGUCAUUGAUCUUCUGUUUGAAUAUGACAAGAAUGGUCAUGGGUUUUAUGGCAAAAUAUGAAAAAACAUUGGAUUGUUUGGCCUGUCCAUCACUUUUCUAUAUCCUUAGAAAUACACUCUUAAAAUGGUACAACUAGAUAAAAUGGUCCAACAGGCUAAGAUGGUCUUACCAGGCUAAAAGGUCCCACCAAUUAAAGUGGUCUAACCAAAAACAAUUAUGGAAAUGGUAAAAAUGGUCUCAUCAGGUGAAAUGUCUCAGCCAGUGGAAUAGGUAUAACUAGGUAAAAUGAUUAUAGAAGGUAAAAUGAUCUAAACAGAUAAACCCUUCAACUGGUUAAAAUGCUUUAACAUGAGAAAGUGAUCAAAACUGGUUUUAAUUGUGUAACCAGGGAAAAUGGUUCAAUCUGUUAAAUGGCUUAGGGAGAUAAAACAGUACAACUGUUAAAAUGGUGGAACUAAAUAUAAUUGUCUAACUGACUAAGAUGGUCUAACCAAGAAAAAAAGUCCAACGGGUUAAAAUGCUGUUACUAAAAAAAUGGUCUAGCUAGAUUAGAUGGUCCAGCCACUUACAUUCGCUAAUUAGCUAAUAAAAAUGGUCUGCUAGGUUAUGACAUCCUAACCAGGUAAAAACAUCCAGGUGGUUGAAAUUGUCCAACUGCUUCAAAUGGACAACUAAAUUAAAUUGUCCAACAGGCUAGGAUGGUCUUACUAAGUUAAAUUUUCCAACUGGUUAAAGUAGUUUAACUAGAAAGAAUGGUGGAAAUGGUUAAAAUGAUCUUAACAGAUGAAAUGUCCGAACCAGUUGAAUUGGUCUGACUAAGUAAAAUGACUGAAUGGUGUAAAUGGCUAAAAUGGAAUAACUAGAUAAAAUGUUGCAAUUGGUUAAAAUAGUCUAACUAGAUAAAUUGGUCCUCUUGGAUAAAUGGUCUAACUAGAGAAAAUGAUCCAACUGGUGAGGAUGUCCUAGCAGAAGUCAACCAAUAGAAGUGGCCUCUAUUAGUUUAACAAAAUCUUGUAUUAAACAAUACUUUUUUAACAUAUCAUUAUUCAAAUAUAGCAUUUUCCAGGCCAUAGAAUCUUCAAAUUGUCCCUUGGCGUUGCUUGAAGUCUGAGAGUUUGGUUGUCACUUUAAGGCCACAAUUCGUAUCACUUCAGAGAAUGGUAGUGUCAUUGACUCAGAAGCUUAUUCUGUCACUUUUAAGACUUUGAUAUCCAUUAUUUUUCAAGCAAAAUAUUCUGCAGCAUUUUUACUUGUCAUUUUGAGUUCCAAAAGGUCUAAUUCUAUUUGAGAGGAAUGGAAACCUGACUUGAAAAUUUUGAGUCUAACCAGAUGAAAUAGCUUAAUAAGCAGUCGAAGUCCAACCUAUUUUAAAAGUGCUGUUACCAGACAAGAGGAUGUACUGGUAACCUGUGAAAAUGGUCUUACUAGUUUGAAUGGUCUACCAAGGUAAAAUGGUCAAACGGGUUAAAAUUAUCCACCAGAUAAACUUGUUUAAAUGGUCAAACAAGAUAACAGGGUGCAACCAGAUAAAUGGUUAAAUAAGAUGGUCCAACUGGUUAGAAUGGUGUACCUACUUGAUAAAAUAGUCCAACAGGUGUAAAUGGUCUUACUGUGGAAAUCCUCCAACCUGUUUAAAUGGUCUAACUGGAUAAUGAGGGUAAGUCAUUUCAAUGGUCUAGCUAGGUAGAAUAGUCCAACAGGUGAAAAUGGGAUAACCAGAUGGAAAUGUGAAAAUGGUCUAACUAAAAUAAAAUGGUCUAAGCUCUGAAAAUGGUUUACCUAGAUAAAAAAUGGUCCUACCAGCUAAAUUGUUUUGACCAAAAAGUUAAAUUGGUUUUGUCGUAUAAAACGGUUUAAGUAGUCUUACUAGCUAACAUGGUCCAGUCUGAUGAAAUAGGCUAGCAAGAUAAAGUGAUUCAACCAGCUAAAAUGAUCUUCCAAAGAAAAAUGUUCUAACCUGUUAAAAUGGUCUACCUAAAUAAAACGGUCAAAGCAACAGUCUUAUUACAUAAAAUAGACCAAUAGGUAAAGUUUCACCAGAUAAGAGAGUCCAACGAGCCAAAAUGGUCUACCUGAAUCUGCAGAAAUUUUCUUUUAUAAAUCUUUGUGGCUUUUUACUAAGUUAUAUUGAUGUUUUCUGUUGGUAGCCAUCCAGUAGUAGUGAUCGAACUUCUUCAUGGUAGUGAUCAGACUGUGGUUGGUAGUGAUCAGACUGGUAGGAAAAGGGCAUGGUAGCAACUGGACCAUAAUUCAAAUGGUUUAUUUAGGCAAAAUGGUCGAACAGGUUGAAAUGUUUAACAAGAUAAAAUCUUUCAACUUGUGUUAGAGCUUGAACAAGAUAAAAUGGUUGAAUCUGUCAGAAAAGUCUAACUAGUUGAUAAAGUCCAACCAGUUAAAAUGGUUUAAUUAGAUAAAAUGUUUCAACCGGUUAAAAAAUGUUGAGUCAGUUACCAAUUCUUUUGGAACAUGUAAACAAUUUCAUAGAUCUUGGUGUCACAAUAUCAAAGGUUCUCUCUUGGAGCAAUGAUAUUAAAAUAAUUAUGGAUAAAGUGAGCAAAGUGCUUCAUUACAUCAAAUUUUUGUUAGGAACACUAAUGCAAAUGUUUUUUCCUCACUGUACCUUUCCCCUGUAUGUCCAAUCUUGGAAUACAUGGUACCUGCCUGGUAGUUAUCUUGCCAUGGACACUCAUCCCCUCAAGGGUAUACAGGGAAAAGUGUGGAGAACAGCUUCUGUAGCACAAAGGGGAGAUAUUAUGUGAAGACUGCUUAAAUUCCCUACCCUUUUAGAUUGUAAAACUUAUUUUAUCUUUAAUUUAAUGAUACAAGAUAGUCUUUGGCUAUUACAAAUUUGUGGAGUUUUUUAACUCACUACGGUAAAAGUCAACAAACUUUCAAAUCUGUGCAACCCAAUUGUUUUUCAGACUUUGUAAAUAUUCCUCUUUUAAUGACUGUGAAUGUAUGAAAUGUGUUAGCUGCAGUUUUCAAGAAAUGAUUAUGAAAGUGAUCUUCACAGUGAUGAUCACUACUAAGGUAGUAGGGUACAAAAGGCCUAUUAGGCCUAUUACUGUCUUGAUGGAUAUUUCUAGGAAUCCAGGUCCUACAAACGAUUUAUUUGAUAUCUGCUCUGGCGGUCAAAAUCUGGUUCAUGGCAGAAAUUUGCAUAUUUCAAGUUUGACUCAAACAAUAAGCCCAUCAAAUAAUGGACUGGGAGCAAGGUUUGGAAUUCCAUCGCUGAUUACAAUGCAGCCAACUGUCACCUCUGGUUAUAACAGGCCAGUAUUUCACACGCUCACAGACAUUCCUAUUGAUAUAUCACAGUGCUCUUCACUUCGACCUAACUUAAUGAAACUCUGUAAUUUGAAUGCAAGAUCUAUCAAAAGCAAAUCUGCGGACUUUCUGUGCUAUGUUAAAUCGUGUGCUGCAGAUAUUUUCGCAAGUACUGAAACCUGGUUGGUAGCAGUCGUGUAAUUCAAUAUCUACCUUUUAAGGACAAAGCUACUCUUGCCAAUAAGUUCGGUGAAUUUUUCACCCAGAAGAUUGUCACCAUUCAGGGUAAGCUUGAUGAAGUGUCAGCUGACGUGUCACCUAGUAAUACUGACUCACAACCUGAAGUAUCUUCGAUUGAGCCAAUGACCAGUUUUACUCUGCUCACUGAACAUGAAGUACGGAAAUUGAUUGAGGCCAUGCCCAAGAAGUCAUGUGCACUUGAUCCUAUGCCAACUCCCCUUCUUGUCGCCUGUAUUGACACUCUGCUCCCUGUUUUAACCAAGAUCAUUAAUCUUUCACUGCAGAAUGGUAUAUUUGCUGACCAGUGGAAAUGUGCCUCGGUCCAUCCCCUGUUGAAGAAGCUCGGACUGAUUUUUCAGAAUUUCAGACCAGUCAGUAAUUUACAAUAUAUUUCCAAACUUACAGAAAAGGCUGUGUUCAUACAGACACAUGGUCAGAUGGUCACCCAUAACAUCUAUCCAGAGCUGCAGUCGUCUUAUUGUGAACACCAUAGCACAGAGACGGCCUUGCUCAAAGUCAUGAACGAUGUUCUUCUCAAAAUGAACUCGCAACACGUGACCCUGUUGAUCCUUUUGGAUCUUAGUGCGGCGUUUGACACGGUCGAUCAUUCCAUCUUGUUGGAUCGGCUGGCCAAGAUUGUUGGCUUGCAAGGUAAAGCGCAUGACUGGUUCUGCUCGUACUUGUCUGGUCGGAGUCAACGAGUCGAAAUUGAUGGAUCAAUGUCGAAGGAAUUUUCUCUGGACUGCAGUGUUCCCAGGGUUCCUGCCUGGGUCCCCUGUUGUUCAUUAUUUACACCUCUUCCCUCUUCAGGAUCAUUGAACGUCACCUUCCUCAAGUCCACUCCUACGCCGAUGACUCCCAACUCUACCUUAGCUUUAGACCGGGUGAUGAUGAUGCCCAGGAUGUCGCGCAUCGCGCUAUAGAAGCAUGUAUUUAGGACAUUCGAAAGUGGAUGAUUGAUGGGCGGCUGCUAUUGAACAACACAAAGACUGAGUUCCUUGCUAUCGGAACUCGUCAGCAGUUAAGCAAACUUUGCUCUUCUAGCAUAGAAGUUGGCAACCAGAAGAUUGAUCGUUCUUCCAGUGUCAGGAACCUCAGCGUUAUGUUAGAUGAAUCUCUCGAGAUGAACAGCCAUAUUAACCAGAUAUACAAGACCUCCUUCGACCACAUUCAUAACGUUAGGCGUAUAUCGAAAUACUUAUCUAAGGAAUGUAGACAAUCAUUAGUCCAUGCUUACGUAACUUCAAGGCUGGAUUAUUGCAAUAGUAUAUUAUAUGGGUUACCCAAGUACCAACUAUCGAAAUUACAAUGCAUACAGAAUAUGGCAGCCAGGCUUAUAACGGACACAAUGAAAUUCGAUCAUAUUAAACCGAUACUUUACAACCUUCAUUGGCUGCCAGUAAAUUAUCGUAUUCAAUUUAAGAUCUUGAUGAUUACUUUUAAGGCGAUUCAUGGCAUGGCUCCUAGUUAUUUAAGUAAUCUGAUCUGUAUCAGAUCAUUGUCUAGGUAUUCAUUACGCAAUAAUGAUACAAUAUUUUUAGAACGCCCAAAAGGGGUUAUGCGCACAACUCUGGGUGCCCACUCGUUUCAUGCCUCUGCGCCUGCGCUGUGGAACAGCUUGCCUGCGCACAUCCGCACGAUUGAUUCGCUAGCGCUAUUUAAGAAAUCUCUUAAGACCUAUCUUUUUAAGCAAGCUUUUUAGAUUAGCAUUACAAUCUUAUCGGUAUUUUGUAUCUUAUUUAUUUACUUUUUAUUCAUUCAUUCUUUCAUUAGGUAUUCAUUUACUAUUAUUAUUUUAUUUUAGUACUGUUAUUGUAAUUAUCUAUUGUAUAUAGCAUUUUUAUUGUAAUUAUCUAUUGUAAUAUUAGUUUUCUUGGAUUGUAAAGCGCCUUUGAUCAUCCCAUAAAUGUUAAAGGGCGCUAUAUAAGUAAAUAAAUUAUUAUUAUUAUUAUUAUUAUUAUUAGUAUCCAUCUGAGCCAACAAGCCAACAUGGAGCUGGUCAUUAUAUUGAUAUGCAUUAAACCUCACAAAGUGAUGAAUCAAUGAAUGACUAUAUGGAAAUCAUAUAUGUCAACUGUGCUUUUUAGGAAAUUAAUUUGAAGUGAUUUUGGCCGUAAUGAACAUUACUUAUUUUUAAGUUGUGGUGGAAAUAAGGCCCAAAACAAAAAUAACAUAUAGUUAGUUUGCAACUUUUGCAAAGUUUCCAUGUGUUACAGCAACUGCUGAUAAGAGAUAGCUAGGUGCAGAAUUGAAAAAAGACAUUUAGUACUCAAAGUUUCAUUCAUUGGAAUCACAUGGUCAAAAGAUAAAAAAAAUGUUUAAAUCUUGAAUUAUUAUUUCAGGCUUCCUAUAGAAAGUCUAGAAAUUGUGGGUAUUAAUUAUAGGAUUACUUCUCAUUAAUUGUUUGUUAUCCGAAUUCAUGCAGAUAUCACAGAGAAAAUACUUUUGCCACAAGUACCUUAGAUAUGUAUGGAAUGAGGACCAAGGAAGAUUUCAUUUUUUGAGGUAUUUAUGAUCAAAUACAUUUGCAGUAGGUAAUCUGCCAGUACUUAAGGUUAUUUGUUUGGAAUCAAAUCUUAGCAAAAGGGGGCCAAAAUACAUCAUAGUAAAAUGAUAAGUCAAUUUGUUAUGUUAUGUAAAAUGGCACUCUUUUUCUUGCAAUGCAACAUUUAUAAGUAUUAUGUGUAAGUUAAACUUUGUAUUUAGUACAGCUCUACAUGAACUUUUGCAUGAGAUAUGCCAUUAACAUCAUCGUCAUCAUUAUCUGGCAGUAAAUCAUUGGAAGUUCAGUUAUGUAUAAAACAUACAUGCUUGUUUGCAUCAAUGUUUAUUCAUGGAUUUAAGUUUUCCACUCAGGCACAAAUUAAAUUGGAAUGUCCUUAAUACAUCUAUGAUGAAGAGGAGGUAACAAAUCUGAGGUGCUUUAGUUACUUACAGUGUACAUAGUUAAGAAUUAUUUUAUUGAUUACAUUUUGGGGAUUAGGGGCCUUGAUAGUGGAUCUCACCCUGGAUUAUUCUACCAAUGUCCAUCUGGAUUAUCAUUAGAUGAAGUUCAAAUCAGGUAGGGGCAAUGAUCAACUUGUUCCUCUGCUUGUUCAAAUCUGGUUCAAUUUUACUUAUGACACCAAUACAUUACUGCACUAUAUUACACCUCUACUUGUAUCACAUUGCUAUUACUACAAACAUCUCAAAGUAACUACCACAAUUUCUUUCCUUCUUCCUUGACACCCCAAUUGAACAGUUGAAACCCUAUUCGCACUCAGAAAUGCUCACAUUUAUAAUGAACACUACCACAAAAUCCUUGAAUGUGAUUGGACCGUACCACUAAUAGGACAGUGUAUCCAUUGCUUGUAAUUGGAUUGUGUGAUAGGAGAGUUUAUGCAUCUUGCCUGUAUAAUGGGACAGCAAGCAUUUUGUUUGCUGUGAAUUUCACCGAGUUAACUUUAGAUUAUGAAAAUGUAUUUACUGGUGGCCAUUUUGUUUCCCCAAUUAUGUUCUAGUUUUGAUUGACUGGUAAUAGGACUUCAUGUUUUCCAAUUCCGUCUGUAAUAUAUGACUGUGAAUAUAUGAAAAUCAUAUAUGUAUAUAUAUAUAUAUAUAUUCAAGUCCAUCUGUAAUCAUACUUGUGAUUACAGAUGUUGUUACUCUCUGUGAGUCCAUUAAGUCCUAUCACAAGAAUCUACAAAAAAAUGUUUACAGACUACAAACUAUUACUCACAGCACAGUAACUAUAGAUACAUGGGUAUGUGCACAAUAAUGAUAUAAAUAAAUAGUUAAAUACAGAAAAAACUUUCUGUAGACAACUUAUUAGAAAAUAUAAUUUCUGAUGUUUGAGUAACAUGGGUACAAAUUAGUCAGAAAUUAAUAUUCUGAUGGCAUGUUGAAGAGGUUCCUGUGGCAUCAUGGAAGUUUCAAAUUAUUUAAGCAUUUCACAGGAAAAUUAGGUCACUCAAGGUCAGUCAGUCUUGAGAAAAUCUCGUGUUGUGUAUUUGCAGCAAAAUAAAUAAGUUAAUCAACCUAUUCCCUGUGGCUAACAACAUUUGUCUUCAUUGCAAAAGCCCACAGCUGAAAUGAAAAUGAUGGAAUUUGAACAAAAUAAAGUGUAGGAGAACAAUGCAAAAUGUUUACUCAGUAACCACGCAGGAAGUCUGUACACUAGAGACAAAUAAUGGUCUCUUGCGUAAGCCGCAACCGUGAUUAAAGCAAAAAGGUGUGGCUUAGACACAAGUCUUUAGGGUAUACAGGUUUUAUUAAUGAAGUCAUAAAUACCUAUUGAGAUUCACCCUAGAGUUUCCAUUUGUAAAUAUGGUCACACAUCAAGAGGACUGUGCAAUAUCCUUUCUCCUCAAGUCAUCAAAUGCAAUGAUUAUACCAGAUAAGGGAAUGGAAUAUUGGUUGAUUUAUGUGUAAUAUGUAGAAUUUGUCCAACCACAGUGAACAGCUAUUUAUUUACCAUGUUACAAGCAUUCCCUCUCUACAAGGCUUAUUUGCCCGGAUUCAGUCAGGUUCGUAAAGGUUCUUAAUGUUUCAGCUCAUAGACCCCACUCUUAAAAACAUUAAGACUUGGGGCUGUGGCUAGUGUGGCAAGCAAAAAAAUCCCCUUAAUGACUAUCAAGUGAACCUCUCAAAUUGCCCUUCCUUAAAAAAAUAGCAGACCAUGGGAAUCCUUUCAUCCUUUUGCAAUUUUCUGAAUAAGGCAAUUUUUCUCAACAUCUUGGCCCAGCAUGGCCAUUUGCAAGCGUUUUCUGUUCCAUAAGAUUUUAAAAGUCUAGUUCUUUUGCUUCAUUAGAUUGAAGUCACCACUCCUGUUGAUAUGAAAGUGUGGUAUACAUGUAUAUCUUUUGUCCAAGGCUGUGGUACCACUCUUAGAUGAUGCAAUGAGCUGAUGCAAUAAGCUCCCUAACUCUUUCUAUUAAAUAGUUAGUAUAGGUAAUCACAUGAUUUUAAGUCCAAUUUGGAAUAAAUAAGCACAAGUAAAUUUUUUUUAAGACUUACAAAAUUGCAUGAGCCUGUAGGGUGAGUGCAAUUUGUGGUCUUUGAAAAAAUUAACAAGUACUUGUUAAUUCCAAAUUGCACGAGAAAAAUCAUGUGAUUACAUGUUAAUAAUAUAUAUGGAAAAAUAAGAGAUGGCUUAUCAUAAUUAAGCAUAAGUAAAGCAUGGGCAUCAAGUGCAAAAAUAAUUUAUUUAAACCAUGCAUUCAGUCAAAACAACCGCGUACGAUCAAAACAAUAAUAUGCAAUGAUAUCUUCACAUCUUUAAGGUGCAAAAAAGUUCAAAGUCCGGCUAAACAGUUCAAGGAAUUGUCUGUGUCCGAAUCACUUUCAGCGUGAUAGAAUCGUCGUUUCCGAGGUUCAACCAUAUUUGUUUUUAAUUUUGGCAUUUUGUGGACUUUGAUUUUUCAUUAGCCCUUGAAGAGUGGGCUAUAAAGAACAGGAGAAUUUUGAAAUCGUGAAAUACUGCUAUUAUAAAUGUACAUGUAAGAUGUUAAUUAACUAAGAAGGAUCUGCAAUGAAAUGUGGAAGCAAGAACAAAUAUGAUAUUGUUAAAAUGAUAAUGGCACAGCAGAGUUGUUGGUCUUGUUCUUUUACAAAUAGUCACUUUCUUAAUUAUUUUAGUGGCCAUGAUCAGCUGCUGGUUGUAAGAGAAUCAUACAGUUAAGAGUUUACAGAGAAAGAUAAAAAGAAGCAUGCCACCUUACAAUGUAACUUGUUGCUAUUUCAUUAAAUGUUUAAAAUUUUAGUUCAGUUUGAAAUUUUCCCUAUGCUUAAGCGACCCUCAGAAAUGGAAAAUGUCCCCCCAAAAAUAAUCUAAAGGGGCAAAUUGACCCUAAAUAGUCAAAUCCUAGCUCAAACCCUGUAGCUCAUUGCAUUGGUUAAGUGAAAACAUGACAAACAUUUUACCCUGAGACAUAUUGUAUGUUCAAGUCUAAGUAUCCCUUGAAUGAGUUGAAAACCUCAAGACAGUUAACAAAUUAUUUGUGGAUAUCAGAUUGCCUUACUUCUUGUCAUCCAGUAGAAUCACCUCAAUUCCUGUGUACAUUCUUAACAGUAAAAAUUCCAAACAAAUUUAUUCAAAAUGGUUUUUAAACAUGCAAAGAGAUUAUUUUCAGUGGACCGGGAAAACACCUGAAAAUGAAAUGGUCACAUUAUCCAAAUGUGGUAGAGUCUCAUUAGAAAUGUAUGGGCAAUUUCUGGUGAUUGCUGUACAUCUUUCAGUGGAAUAGCAAAAUCAUUUUGUCUCAUGUCUAAUUCUUGGAAAUUCAAGCUUUCUUAAUCUUUAAUUUAUUUUCAUUUGGUGCUCCAAAAUUUUUAUUUUGAAGAAGAAAGUCUGUUGUUGUUUUUUUACAAUGGUGUUUUGCUAUUACAAGAAUGUACACUGUAUCUUAUUUUAAAAUGAAACUGAACUUUAAGAUUAACAUUUUCAUUAGUGUCAGAGCUUACGACAGAAGAGAUUAAAAAUUUCUGGUGAGGUCAUUUAAUGGUUUGACAUUCAAGUCUUUUGGCUUCUUGGAUAAAGACUUGGAACAGUAGGCCUGUAAAAUGCCAAAUAGAGCAUUGUGCCAAAAAGAGCAAGAUGCAUAAAUUAUGACUGUGAAUGUAAUCAGAACCAUGCAUGUGCUACUUAAUAUUUGUCACG